AUACGUUUUCUAACAUACGAGUUUCAUUACUUUCAUGGCCAUCUGCUAUCCACGUUUCUGUUAAGAAUGAACCGGCCGGUUCAUUCUUCCCUCUUAAACCUCGCCGCUUCAGAUUCUAAACCCUAGCAGCAGAUAACACACACAAAUCGAAGAAAUGUUGGAGAGUAGACUGAUUACGAUUAUCAGGAGAAGCAAAUCUAUCAAUCAAAUAAGAUCGUCGUUUUCUUCUCACGGCGGAUCGACGAAUCUUCAUAGUCGAUUCGCGUUAGAUCGUUAUUCAACCCAUAAGCAUGUUGCUAAUCCCACCACCAGAAGCUGUCUCAUCAAUGGCUUUCGAUCCUUGCACAAUCUUCACAAGGGUACCUACAAGCCAUCUUUCAGGCAUAUAUCUACUGUAGCCGCAAGUGCUUGCAAGGAAAAUAAGGAGACAGUGAAGCUCCUUGUUACUGCUGGACCUCAUGCUCAAAAAGCAAUAGGAAUAUGGCUUUUUGCAUCUGCUGCAUGGGUCUUCAGUAUGGUUAUCCUCGGUGGUAUCACAAGACUCACUCGAUCCGGUCUUUCAAUGACAGACUGGAAAUUCACUGGCAGCCUUCCUCCUUUAUCAGAUGAAGAUUGGUUGAUUGAGUUUGAGAAAUAUAAACAAUCCCCUGAGUUCAAGCGUGUGAACAGAGGAAUGAAUAUUGAUGAUUUUAAGUUCAUUUAUUGGAUGGAAUACGCGCAUCGUAUGUGGGGAAGAGCAUUGGGGAUCAUGUUUGCUCUCCCAUUUUCGUAUUUUCUACGAAAAGGUUAUAUAAAUCUACGGCUUGGAGUUAGGCUUGCUGGUUUAUUUGCUCUUGGUGGUGGGCAAGGGAUGAUUGGUUGGUGGAUGGUUAAAAGUGGUUUAGAAGAGCCACCUUCAGAGUACUCACAACCAAGAGUAAGCCCAUAUCGUCUUGCUGCUCAUUUGACUUCAGCUUUUGCUAUUUACUGUGGACUUUUCUGGACUGCUCUUUCUGUUGUCAUGCCUGAACCUCCUACCGAGUCAAAGGCUUGGGUCAACGGGGCUGCAAAAGUCAAAAGAUUGGCUCUUCCGCUUGGGAUUCUUGUUGGUGUAACCGCGGUUUCAGGAGCUUUUGUUGCAGGAAACGAUGCGGGACAUGCGUUUAAUACGUUUCCAAAGAUGGGGGAUUCGUGGAUUCCGGAAGAUGUUUUGAGUAUGAAGCCGGUCAUCCGCAACUUCUUUGAGAACACAGCAACUGUGCAGCUUGAUCAUCGUAUACUUGCAACUACAACCCUAGCGGCAAUUGGUGGGUUAUGGUGGUCAACGAGGAAGGUUGACUUACAUCCUGCUAUCCGUUCAUUAAUUGGAAGUACCAUGGGAAUGGCUGCUCUCCAGGUAACUUUGGGAAUAUCGACUCUUUUGUCUUAUGUGCCGGUUUCACUUGGCACGGCCCACCAAGCUGGGGCGUUGACUCUGUUGACUUUUAUGCUUCUUUUGAAUCACACUGUUCGGCGACCAUCACCUAUGCUUUUGAAAUCACUGCCUGCUGUUGUUAAGACAAGCUAAGGUUGGGGGGUUUUUUCACCCUUUUGACAUUCAUUUUGAGAUGUUUUUUUUUUUGUUAGGUGUUAUAGAAUGCAAUGCAUAAGCUUAUUUAUUUACCCAUAAGUGUCUUCAUUGGGUAUGCUAAUGUAAACAAUAGGUAUAACAGGUUUGUUAUGUAUUUCCUGUUGCCAGUGGCUAUUUGACGAAUUGGAAUUCUAGAAUGAAUUUAGUCCUUUGUGGG